ACCGCCCUCUCGGCGGGGGCACAACGGGCAGCAAGAGGGCGGCCGUCCUCCUCCCCUCUCGCCCCACCUCUCAUUUCCCCUCCUCGGUCGGCGCAGGAGGGCCGUCUGGCUCAGUGGUCAGCCCCACCCUGGCCCCUGGGGUCAUUGUUGGCAGGUGGGUAGGGUUUAAAAUUGCUGCAAAUGGCCAUGGAGAGGAAAGGUGGUGGGGGAGAAACAGAAAAUGGUGAUGCCUUCCUUGACCUGAAGAGGACUCCAGCAGCCAAAUCCCCCCAUCGUUACACGAAAGAAGAACUCUUGGAUAUUAAAGAACGCCCCCACUCUAAGCAGAGACCUCCAUGUCUUUCUGAAAAAUAUGACAGUGAUGGUGUCUGGGACCCUGAGAAAUGGCAUGCCUCUCUCUACCCAAGUUCGGGGCGAAGUUCUCCAGUGGAAAGCUUCAAAAAAGAUUUGGAUUCAGACCGGACUCCCCUUAUGCGUCGCCUAGUGGAUCCCAGAGAGCGAGUAAAAGAUGAUGAUUUGGAUGUAGUCUUAAGCCCCCAGAGGCGCAGUUUUGGGGGAGGUUGUCAUGUAACAACAACCGUUAGCUCACGACGAUCAGGGAGUCCUUUGGAAAAAGAAAAUGAUGGUGUGCGAAUUAUUGGAGGGCGUAGAAUUGGCAGUGGAAGAAUAAUAUCUGCCCGUAAUUUUGAUAAAGAUCACCGUGGAGAAAAGGACUUGAGAGAUUCCAGAGACAGAGAUCGCGAGAGGGACUACAAGGACAAACGUUUUAGGAGAGAGUUUGGGGAAAGUAAGCGUGUCUUUGGAGAACGUAGAAGAAAUGAUUCCUAUACUGAAGAGGAACCUGAAUGGUUCUCUGCUGGACCGACAAGUCAGUCUGAAACUAUUGAGCUUACAGGAUUUGAUGAUAAAAUACUAGAAGAAGAUCAUAAAGGACGAAAACGAACAAGACGGCGCACAGCAUCCGUGAAGGAAGGAAUAGUAGAAUGCAAUGGUGGAGUGGCAGAAGAGGAUGAAGUGGAGGUCAUUCUUGCUCAGGAGACAGCAGCCGAUCAGGAGGUGCCCAGAGAAGCAGUGCUGCCAGAACAAGCACCUGGAGAAUUCGAUUUCAAUGAGUUCUUUAACCUCGACAAAGUCCCUGGUUUGGCUUCGAUGAUUGAAGACGUUCUGGGAGAAGGUUCAGUCUCUGCCAGCAGGUUCAGUAGGUGGUUCUCCAAUCCUAGUCGAUCCGGAAGCCGGUCCAGUAGUUUAGGAUCAACACCGCAUGAGGAAUUAGAAAGACUAGCAGGUCUGGAGCAAGCUAUUCUCUCCCCAGGCCAGAACUCGGGAAACUACUUUGCUCCUAUACCAUUGGAAGAUCACUCUGAAAACAAAGUGGAUAUUCUAGAAAUGCUACAGAAAGCAAAAGUAGACUUAAAACCUCUCCUCUCAAGUCUCUCCGCCAACAAGGAAAAGCUUAAAGAGAGCUCAGCGCAUUCCGGAGUUGUGCUGUCAGUGGAAGAAGUAGAAGCUGGGCUGAAAGGCCUGAAAGUGGAUCAGCAGGGGAAAAUCUCUACACCUUUCAUGGCAGAGCAUUUGGAGGAGGCGCUAACUGCAGUGGCUAGCUCUAGACAACUCAAAAAAGAUGGUGAUAUGUCUGCAUUUAACAAGCUAGUGAGCAGCAUGAAGGCAAGUGGGACUUUACCUUCACAGCCCAAAGUCAAUCGAAAUCUCGAAAGUCAUUUGAUGUCCCAUCCAGAGAUCCCAAGUCAGCCUCUUCCAAAGAACAUCUUGCAGGAACUUCUAGGUCCACCAGUCACCAGACCUGCUUCAUCUAAUCUUCUUAGUGGCCUAAUGGGGAGUUUGGAACCUACUGCAAAUUUACUAGGCCAAAGAGCAUCCUCUCCCCCCAUCUCACAGGUGUUUCCAACUCGUGCUUCUUCAGCAGACUAUCUUCGACCCCGAAUUCCUUCACCACUUGGCUUUGGACCAAGCUCUCAACAGUUGCUUGGGGAUCCAUUUCAAGGAUUGCGGAAACCAAUGAGCCCUGUUGCUGCACAGCAGAUGAGUCAGUUAGAGUUGCAGCAGGCUGCACUAGAAGGGCUCGCGUUGCCUCAUGAACUAGCAAUGCAGACGACUAAUUUCUACCAGCCUGGCUUUGGCAAAUCCCAGAUUGACAAAAACAGAGAUGGCUUUAAGAACAGACAACAGAGAGUGAUUAAAUCUCCUGCACCUGGACAUCGAGGAAAUUCAGCUUCUCCUGCUCCCAGUGCAUCCAUCACUAGCAUGCUGUCUCCUUCCUUUACCCCUACCUCAGUGAUACGAAAGAUGUAUGAAAGCAAAGAGAAAAGUAAAGAGGAACCAACUCCUGGAAAACCAACAGGUGAUGGGAAAGAUGAAAAUUCAAGGACAAAUGAAGAUCACCUCCUUUCGUCAAGUUCCGUAGUGAACUCGGAUCAAGAUGCUAUCCCCCCCCUAAGUACCAAACUGUCAGCACUUCAGCGCUCGGCAUGUUCCACCCCACUGUCUCAAACCAACCGUUACACCAAAGAGCAAGACUACAGGCCAAAAUCAACUGGUCGGAAGACUCCUACGAUGGCAUCCCCAAUACCAGGGACUCCUUUUCUCCGGCCGGUUCACCAGGUGCCGCUUGUGUCCCACGUUCCAGUCGUUCGCCCUUCCCACCAAUUGCACCCAGGGCUGGUCCAAAGAAUGUUGGCACAGGGAGUGCAUCCACAACAUCUUCCAUCUUUACUGCAGGCUGGCAUGAUUCCUCCUGGGGUGGACUUGUCUCACUUGCAAGGAAUAUCUGGUCCCAUUCUGGGGCAACCAUUUUACCCAUUACCCACUGCUAGCCACCCCCUCUUGAACCCACGCUCUGGUACACCCCUGCAGCUGGCAAUGAUGCAACAACAACUCCAGCGGUCAGUCUUACAUUCUCCAAGCUCCAGCUCCCAGGGAAUGACUGGUGGUGGACAAACCACCUCCCAGAACACGCCUGGUCGUUCUGGACUGCCUCAUGUACACUCGCAGCUCGACCAUCGCUCCAGCCAGCGAAGUGGUUCUCCUGUUGGCCUUGCAAAAUGGUUUGGCUCGGAUGUCUUGCAACAACCUCUCCCUUCUAUGCCCUCCAAAGUUAUCAGCGUAGAUGAACUGGAAUAUCGUCAGUGAACUGGGGGCUCUGGACAUGGGUGGACCUUCUGGGUUUCUUUAGACUAUUUCAGAGGGCAUUUCCAGUUGAGACUUUAAUACUUUUGUUGGGGGGCUUUUAUUUUGGGCACUCUACAAAACUCCUUUUUGAGAACCUCUAGAAAGCACAUGGCAUCUGAUGUUCUCUGCAUCAAAAUUAAGAAUCUGUAAAGGCCACAGUAGUGAAGGCCGAGAAGAUUUAGAUGCAGGUUAACACAGGCUCAAUCAUGGAAAUCCUUUUUUUCUUCUUCCCCUCCCCCCGACCCUCCUGUUUUUUGUAAGAUAUGUGAAUGAAUUGCUGAUGUCUUCAUGAAAAGGUAGCAGCUAAAGGGUUCCUUCUGCAGAAAUAAGUGUAUAGAACCUGGUGUACAGAUUUGUGUAUAAACAAUUUUUUGUAUAUAAAUUAUAGAAUAGCUUUUUUGAACUUAUACAGCUGUACAUAAAAGUAGCUGAAAUAGUUAAACUUUAGAUGUGCCUACAGUUUGGAUUUUUUUUGGUUUUGUUUUGUUGUACAUGUGGGACUUUCUUCUUUAUUUUUGUUCAAAUUAAAGUUGCAUAUGCGAAGUGUGUGGAAAAAAGUUGUUCUGCCUAUUUUUCCUCUUCCUCUAACUCUUAUAACUGCUUCUCGUCUUUCCCACCAUUAGUCUGUUCUGCUCAAGCUUGCCGUAACGGGAAUUGUGCACUCUUUUUCCUUUUUGUGGUGUUAGACCGGGGUACCUUUUUUGAAGGAAGGAGCUUAUGAUAUAUGUUCCUAUAACCACUUUGAGGCUACAACCUGAUUAGCUAUUUGACAUAUUUAGGAAAAGGGUGUGAUUAUUUUGUUCCCUUCGGGUAAGGACAGAUCUUGCAAAAAUAUUUAAAUAUGUUUGUCAGAAUUUGUGAUGGACUACUUGAGGAGCAAUAUGUUCCUUAUUUGUGUUACUCUUCUCUGAAGUACCUCUGGGGAAGAAGUUUAGUGGAAAAGAUUGAGAUGGCACAAUGUUUAAAUCCCAGUACCUUUUGACCACUCCCUCCUACCCAACCUUAACUGAAAGACAUUAAAUGCCAAAAUUGACUGGGACAGGAGAGCAUAGUUGCAUUCUAGCAUUGUCUAAUUUCUUUUGAAUUUGUUUUUACUUAUGACAUCGAGAAUUUGAAUAAUUGCCGUUCCAUCAUGUGCUUGGAUCUUUUAAAUGAUACAUGGUACCUUCCUUUUAAAACUUGUGCAUCCCAUUUGCUUAAACUGAUUUUGUUGCCUUCCCUAUGGCAUAAUUGUUCUUUGUUAGUCUUGUUUCACCUUAUAUUGUGCAGUUUCUAAAAUAAAACAGAGCAUAAACAAGAA